UUGUAAAUAAACAAAGCGAUUGGAAUCAUGCGAUUAAAUAAUUGUCAACUGAUAAAUUUAAUUUUCAUCCGUUAAACUUCCUAUUCUUUUAUUUGCUGCUGAUUUUAAAAUUUAUAUUGAUAUCCUAUUAAUUAUAAAUAAAAUUUACAAUGUUUUUUUUGCGUCGUAAUUGUGGAAAUGUAAUUAAUCGUCUGAUACGAUCCCAUGAAAUUGGAGAACUCUUUUCAGAACAACGAUAUUGUAACGUAUUAACCCUUAAUUAUAGCACUCUUACUUCUGCCGAAGAAAUAGCAUCUAAUUCCAAAUCAGAUUUUUCAAAUGAGGACAGUGAAGAUACAUUUGGAUCGUUGCAAAAACGCCUUGAGCGUUCGAAAAAGAAUGUCAGAUCAAAACCUAGUACAGAUAAAAAGGACGUUAGAAUCAUCAAAAUAAAAACUAAGCCAAAAUUUGAUAAAUGUAAUGAUCCUGAUGUAUUCGGUAAUUUGUCAAAUAAACAUCCUGUUUGGUAUCCAGAUAUAAAUGAAGAACCUAUCUUAGACAAUGAUCAAAGUGAUAAUAGUACAUUUGUACGAAAUAUCAGCAAGCAAUAUAGAGAUCCUCAUGUGUACUUAGAUAAAAUGAAAGGAUUAGUAAUGGAGAAAAAGCUGAAAGAAGCAUUGGAAUUAUUCAUUGAUAUGAAAAGGAACUAUGUUGCUCCUCUUCAUGCCCAUUAUACAUUUAUGAUUGGAGCUUGUGGAAAAUUUGGUUAUACAGAUAUGGCCUUUAAGCUAUUACGACAGAUGACUGAUCGAGGUUUCCAACCAACUUGUGCUACAUUAACUGGACUUUUCAACUCUUGUGCUGAAACUCCAUUCCCAGAUUAUGGGAUAAGUAAAGCUAAAUUACUGAGAGAGAAAAUCAAAACUAAAAACUGGAAACUAAAUCAAAUUACUUACAAUUCAAUGAUCAAAGCUUUUGGAAAAUGUGGUGAUAUUCAGACGGCUUUUCAGAUUGUUGAUGAAAUGGCUGAAGCAAAAAUAAAAAUUGAUUCAUCCACUUAUUGCUUUUUGCUCAUGAGCUGUAUUGCUGACAAAGAAGCAGGAUUCACCCAUGCUGUGGAGGUAUGGCGUAAAAUGAAGAAAAGAAAAUGUCAGCCUAAUCUGUAUACAUAUAAUUUAUUGUUAAGAGCUGUUCGAGAUUGUGAUGCUGGCCCCAAAGACAUUUCAUGCCUUCUUCUUCAACACUGGAGCAAUUAUACCAAUAGACCAUAUGGAUUUAAAGUUAAAGAAACUUUGCCUAAAAAAGAAAUUUUACUAUUAUCAAAUACUGAAGCAGAGAAAACUGAAUAUAGUAUGGAAAUUGAUAAUGAGCUUAAGAAAGAAUAUGAAAAUGAAGAUUCCUCUAGUCAGUUGUCUGAGACUGCAAAUACUUUGCCUGAGAAGAGACCUGAUAUGUUUGUUAUGAACAAAAUCGGAAAUGAAGUACCAAGUGUUUUGCAUUCAAGACCUGUUAGCUGUACAGAAAUUAUUGAUUUAGGUGUUAUUAAAACUGCUAGUGAUAGGUUAGCUCUUAUUGGUGGUGCAGAAAAUAUUUUAAUUGAUAUGAAAAAAUCAAAAGUCAAACCUAGCAUUAAAACAUUCACAUUACUGCUGGAGUCUUUGCCCCCUACUAAUGAAGCUGAAGAGCAAUUAAUGGCCUUGCUUGAUGUGUAUGGUGUCAAACCUGAUGUGGGUUUUUUCAAUAUGCUGAUCAAAAAAAGAAAUUAUAGAUUUGAUUAUGCUGCUGCUCAUGAAGUUUUGGCAUUAAUAAAUAAAUGGAGUCUGUCUCCAGAUUUAAUAACAUUUGGAGUUCUAGCAGUUGGCUGUACUAACCAUCAGAAAGCUACUAUAUUUGUAAAUGAUAUGAGAAAACUAGGCUACACACCUAACAUCGCAAUUGCUGGUGCCUUAUUAAGAAAUGCUUGUGAAAUCGCAGAUUUCCGUUUCAUUGAAGAUACCUUAAAGUUGCUUGAAGAAUCAGAACUUUAUCCAGAUGAGAAGAUUUUGAAAACUGUUGAAGAUUGCUUGGAUAAUGCUAGAAAAAAUAUUAUUGAUAUGGAGCAUGGGAAGAAUGUUUCAUACAUUUAUAAGAAAGAAGGGUUCCAGAAAAAUUACAAAGAAUUCUGUAAACUUUAUGAAGAUUGGCUGAAAGAUAAGAAACUUGAAAGGCCUGAACAUGUGUGGGAUCAGUUUAGAACAAAUCUUUUUGAGAAGCCUAUUAGAGCGCCUUCUAAUGUACAAGUUUUAGAAUAAAUAAAUUUUAUUUUGAUUUGC